GGAAACACCAAAAUGCUCCACAUUUUCAACAAAAGAUUGCCUUCUCAGACAACAGAAGAAAUUCGCCAAAAUCUAGUCACUGGCAACAAUAAUGUUUCGAAAAAUGGUCUCACAAAAUCAUUCUGGGGCCUUUGGCAGCGCUUCUUUGGAAAGACAAUUGAUGGGGGUUCGAGGACUGAAGAGGAAGCAAAGGUAUACUCGUGGCUAUAUGCAUUGGCUCAAUCUGGGAAGGAUUUGGUCUAUGAAUAUGUGCAAUCAACUGAAAGAGGUUUGAGCUUCAGGGAGGCUGAAAGGAGACUGAAGGAAACCGGGCCAAACAUUCCAAUUCACACUAAAUUCCCCAGAUGGUGGCAUCUUCUUUGGAAUGCCUUAUUUCAUCCAUUCCACAUCAUCCUCAUUGUUUUGUCAGUUUUAUCUUACAUUACUAGCGACGAACCAAACGGAUGCAUCAUGCUUGUACUAGUCUUCAUUAGUGUCUCCCUUCGAUUUUACCAGGAAUACAGUAGCUCAAAAGCGGCAAUGAAGUUGUCUGAAUUUCUAAGCUUCCCAGUAAAAGUUCAAAGGUGCGCUGGUAGAACAGUUCAGACAGAAUUAGUUGUUCAAGUUGAUCAAAAGAAUGUUGUCCCAGGUGAUAUUAUCAUUUUUGAACCUGGGGACCUCUUUCCUGGUGACGUGAGGCUACUAACUUCAAAAAAUCUGGUAGUGAGUCAGUCCUCACUGACAGGAGAAUUUGGAGCUACAGAGAAAACAGCUGAUAUCAGAGAAGAUUCAAGCACUCCGUUGCUGGAUUUAAAGAAUAUAUGCUUCAUGGGAACAACUGUAGUAUCAGGGAUUGGAACUGGUCUGGUUGUCUCCACUGGAUCCAAGACUUAUAUGAGCACAAUUUUUUCAACUACAGGGAAGCUGAAGCAACCAGACGGCUUUGAGAGAGGCAUCCGACACAUCUCCUAUAUACUCAUUAGCCUCAUGCUUAUAGUGGUCAGCAUAAUAAUCCUCAUUGAUUGUUAUUCAUCAGGUGAACCAAGUGAGAGCAUACUGUUUGGUAUGUCAGUUGCUAGUGCACUCACUCCUCAGAUGCUUCCGCUCAUCAUUAACACUAGUCUUGCUAAAGGUGCACUUGCUAUGGCCAGAGAUAGAUGCAUAGUCAAAAGCUUAAGAGCUAUACGAGACAUGGGAUCCAUGGACAUUAUAUGCAUUGACAAAACUGGUACUCUUACCAAGAAUACUGCAAUCAUGAUCAAUUACUUUGACAGCUGGGGCUUGCAAAAAGAGAAGGUCCUAAGACUUGCUUUCCUAAAUGCUUUCUUCAAAACACAACAGAGGUAUCCUUUGGAUGAUGCCAUAAUGGCACAUGUAUAUACAAGUGGUUUCAGGUUUCAGCCAUCUGAAUGGAGUAAGGUAGAUGAGAUUCCUUUUGAUUUUACGCGUAGAAGGAUAUCCGUUAUUUUGGAAACAAGAAUGACUGAAAAUUGUGUGAGCAACUACUUUACUGACAGAAUUGUGAUAACUAAAGGAGCACUGGAGGAAGUGAUAAAAGUUUGUUCCUUUAUCGAGCAUGUUGAUAGUGGUGAUACUUUGGCAUUCUCCACUGAGGCCUAUCAAAGGAUCUUAAAUAUGGCAGAAGAACUAAGUAGUCAAGGAUUAAGGCUUCUGGCUGUAGCAGUCAAAAGGCUUCAGAUGAUAACAGAUAGCAGAAGCAUGGUUUAUGAUGAACACAUCGAAUCUGACAUGGUUUUCUUAGGCCUCAUAACUUUUUUUGACCCACCAAAGGAUUCAGCAAAGCAAGCUUUGUGGAACCUAGCUGAAAAGGGAGUAAAAGCAAAGGUAUUAACAGGGGAUGCGCUAUCCCUCGCAAUAAGGGUUUGCAAAGAAGUUGGGAUUAGAACCACUCAUGUUACUACAGGCCCUGAACUUGAGUUACUUGACAAUGACUCUUUCCAUGAGAAUGUGAAAAGAGCAACAGUUUUGGCUAAGCUCACCCCAACUCAGAAACUUCGAGUGGUGCAAUCUUUGCAGACAGGGGGCAACCAUAUUGUAGGGUUCCUGGGAGAUGGAGUAAAUGACUCGCUUGCAUUGGAUGCCGCCAACGUCGGUAUCUCUGUUGAUUCAGGCGCAUCAAUUGCAAAGGAAUCUUCUGAUAUUAUCUUACUUGAAAAGGAUCUUAAUGUUCUGGUGGCUGGUGUGGAGCAAGGUCGGCUUACAUUUGGGAACACAAUGAAGUACGUCAGAAUAUCAGUAAUUGCCAAUCUGGGAAGUAUUGUUUCAAUUCUCAUUGCAACCAUAUUUUUUGGGUUUGAACCAUUGACACCAAACCAACUACUUGUGCAGAGCUUCUUAUAUAGUUUGGGCCAAAUUGUAAUCCCAUGGGACAAUAUAGAAGACGAUUAUGUCAAGAUUCCACAAAGAUGGUCUCUCAGAGGCUUAACCAUGUUUACAUUGUGGAAUGGUCCUGUUUGUUCUAUAUGUGAUUUAGUAGCUCUCCUGUUCCUUUGGUUUUAUUAUAAGAAGAAAUCAUCUGUAGCAAACAAUUUCAUCCAUUCUGCUUUGUUCGUUGAAGGACUUCUAAUGCAGACCUUAAUCAUCCACUUGAUUCGGACAGACAAGAUUCCGUUCAUCCAAGAGGUGGCUUCCUGGCCUGUUAUAUGUUCCACAGUUCUGAUUUCUGCAGUAGGCAUUGCAAUUCCUUACACACCUCUGGGAACAGUACUUGGACUGGUUUCACUACCACUAUCAUACUUUGGCUUUCUAGUUGUUCUCUUUUUAGGAUAUUUUAUUUUCGGACAAAUUGUUAAGCGAGCUUAUAUUAUGGUGUACGAGAAGUGGCUUUAGACAGCAGAUUCAGCCAAACAGGCGGUAUUCUAACAUCACAAAUAGUUGAAAGAAACUUAAAAGCAUGCAUUUUCAUUUUGUAUUCCAGUGUAUUACAAAAUUUAGCUACAAUGUUGUAACAAGACUAUUCCCCUUGUUGAUGGGGGUUUUGGAACAUUCUUUUUCCAGAAUCACCUUCAAAUAAUAAAAAAACAUUAGAGUGU